AUGGAGUACCAAACCAUGAACCCACAGCCGGUACAAACUGGUAAUGACAAUCUGGUAAAGAUUACUUCUGGGAAUCCAGGACAAGAUGCUGAAUAUUUAUCAGCUCAGGAGAAAAAGUCGCUGUUGCCUCAAAGGUCUACUGUCUCGAAGGGGAAGUAUACGCUCCAUGAUUUUCAGAUCAUGCGUACGUUAGGUACUGGUUCUUUUGGACGGGUGCACCUUGUUAGAAGUGUUCAUAAUGGGCGUUACUACGCAAUAAAGGUGCUAAAGAAGCAGCAGAUUAUCAGAAUGAAGCAAAUUGAGCAUACAAACGACGAGAGAAGAAUGUUAAAACUGGUCGAACACCCCUUCUUGAUUCGUAUGUGGGGUACUUUCCAGGACUCCCGUAACUUGUUUAUGGUGAUGGACUAUAUUGAAGGUGGUGAAUUGUUUUCGUUACUAAGGAAGUCGCAAAGAUUUCCUAAUCCGGUUGCCAAAUUUUAUGCGGCAGAAGUGACGUUGGCCCUAGAGUACUUACACUCGCACAAUAUCAUAUAUCGUGACUUGAAGCCAGAAAAUAUCCUAUUAGACAGAAAUGGUCACAUAAAGAUAACGGAUUUUGGGUUUGCCAAGGAAGUUAUCACUGUGACUUGGACUUUAUGUGGUACUCCGGAUUACAUUGCCCCCGAAGUCAUCACUACAAAACCUUACAAUAAAUCUGUCGAUUGGUGGUCACUUGGUAUAUUGAUUUUCGAAAUGCUUGCAGGAUACACUCCGUUCUACGAUGUUACUCCAAUGAAGACUUACGAGAAAAUUUUAGCUGGAAAGGUGGUAUACCCACCAUUUUUCCACCCAGAUGUUAUCGAUCUACUAAGCAAGUUGAUCACUGCGGAUCUAACAAGAAGACUAGGUAACUUACAGAGCGGUCCUCAAGAUAUCAAGUCUCAUCCAUGGUUCGCUGAAGUCGUCUGGGAAAAGUUAUUGGCAAAGGAUAUUGAAACCCCAUAUGAGCCACCAAUCACAGUUGGUGUUGGUGACUCCUCGUUAUUUGAUCAAUAUCCAGAAGAACAACUGGACUACGGUGUCCAAGGAGAAGAUCCAUACGCCAAGUACUUUGUAGAUUUUUAG